AUGAACGCCGCAUACUCCUCCGUCGUUUCCGUCUCCAUCGAGGGUCGUACCACCCAUGAGCAGUUGACUCACACCUACGAAAGCCAUAUCGAACGUCACGGCUCCUCGCCCUCGCUCCAACAGUUAUUCGAGACCGCGCGCGAUGCUGCUUCCAGCGAUCAAGACCGUGCUGUGAUUUCGUGGCUCGAGACCGCCAUCGCCAAAGAGUCUGGACGUGACAGUGACAGUGACGACGAAGCCCCCUCAACUCCACCUCACCAUUACUUGAUCAGCCACCUUAAAGAGCACCACGACGAGCACCACAAAGCCAAAAACGGUAUCUUCAUCAGCCCUAUCUUCUUUCCAUCUGAGGAGAGCUAUGGCAACUUUAUCAAGACGCUGAGCAAUGCCAAAAAGUCGCUGGAUAUCUGUGUGUUCACCAUCACUGACAACGACACUGCCAACGCUGUCAUUCAGGCCCAUGAGCGAGGUGUUCGUGUGCGCAUUAUUUCCGAUGACGACAAGGCUGAGGACUUGGGUGCUGAUGUCAAGCGUUUUGCCAGGGACAACGACAUCCCCACACGUGUUGAUGGAAGCCCCUCGCACAUGCAUCAUAAGUUUGCUAUCAUUGACGAUGCGCUUGUGAUGACUGGCUCGUACAAUUGGACAAAGGGCGCUCGCUACCAGAAUCGCGAGGAUCUCUGUCUGACCAAUUCCACCAAGGCUGUGCGUGCUUUCAAGGAUGAGUUUGAGAAGCUAUGGGACCUCUUUGAGGAAUUUCAGCUGUAG